UGCCCAGGUGUCCCGUGUGCCCGUGUGCCCCGUGCAGGGAGCUUCUCGGGUGUUUAGCGCGUCAUCCAGAACAGGAGGCGUCCCCAACCGGGUUGUUGCCGGGAUCAUUGCUGGGAGUGUGGAUACGUAUCUGAUUCUCGACCGAGACGACAAAACUCGACCCGGUCGAAAAGAAGCACAAACCCGGAGCGAGCUGUUCCCACAACGCCCAGCUGCGAAAUCACCACCUUCUCUCCUUUUCCGCCCCGUUCGUCCUUCCUCGCCUCCUCCCCCUUUGUGCCACUCAUUGUCGUGCGCAUCGGACGGGAGAGCACACGUACGCAUGGCCGCCUCGGAUCACGACCAGUAUGGCUUCCACGACGAUGCGGCCGCCGGAGACGACCAAUCCGUCUUGUCUACUCGCGGUAUAGAAGCAUUCGGGCGCAAGGUCACGACAACAGCAAGCCAUUUGAUGGGUCCUCUGUCCGAGCAAGGGAACAAUAAUCAUCACCACUACCAUGGCGCUCUGGCCGAGGUCCACAAGCAGCUCCGGCGGCCAACUAUCCAACGAAGCAUGUUUUCCAUGGCAAAAACGACGCCGACAGACAUGGUCCGGUCCAAGCUGUCCACGACGGAGAUUCAGCAUCGCGCCCUGACGUACUUACCCGACGAACUGCUAGCGAAUAUUCCCGAGAGCGAUAAUUCAUACUCCCUCUUCCAGGGCUUCAAAGCCAGCUUCCCGGACCUGACUGAAGAAGGUAGGAAGCAUCGACGGCGGGUAUCGAGGGGCAGGAAGCUUUUGGAGGAUACGGAAAACACUGCCGGCACACCCCAGGCGCUGCACAAUCUGAAGAAAGACAAGGCCUCGAUGAUGCACGAGCUCGAGAUGCUGGGUGUCCGUAAGAACAUGGCAAGCAGUGAGAUCCGUGACAUUGACAACAAGAUUGCCAAUCUGCACGGUAUGCGCCGGAUCAUCCUGGACAGACUGGCCAACUUGGAGCAAGAGGAAACGUUGCUGGAACAUGACCUCAUGGAUGUCGAGACACGGUUAGAAGACGCUCAGGAGCUCGUCGACGAAGCCGAGUCGAUUGCGAUAAACACACCCACGAAGACCGAGGAAGAUCUGGCUGGCGAGGAUGACUCUGGUUUCAUGUCACAGUCGGUGUACGAGAAGCUCCCAACAACAGCUGGCACACCGGCAUCAAAGGCAAAGAAGAGAGUAGUCCGCCGGAAAUCGAUGCCAAUCUUGCACGAGCAUUUUGAGGCAGGCACGGCUAUUAGGGAAAUUCGCGCGCACCAGGACACGAUUACGGCUCUCGACUUUGAUGCACCCUUCGGAACAAUGGUGACCUCGGCCAUGGACGACUCGAUCAGGGUCUGGGAUCUUAAUGCUGGACGAUGCAUUGGUUUGCUGGAUGGGCACACGGCCUCAGUUCGCACGUUGCAAGUGGAUGACAACUUCCUCGCGACCGGCGGCAUGGACGCUACGAUUCGACUCUGGGACUUGAGCAAGGCCCACUACGACCCCCACGGAAGCCAGUACGGAAGGGACGAAGACGAAGACGGCAUCGCAUUUGAGAACCCCGACGAUGGACCGGUCGAGCCUCCUGAAGGAAGCAUGAGAGAUUGCCAUCUCUACACCCUGCAAUCCCAUGUUGACGAAAUCACGGCGCUCCACUUCAGAAACGAUACGCUCGUGUCCGGCUCGGCAGACAAGACAUUGCGACAGUGGGAUCUUGAAAAGGGCCGCUGCGUCCAGACGCUGGACGUUAUGUGGGCGGCAGCGCAGGCAUCCGCGUCUCUCGGCAGUGAAAGCUCCUGGAGGCAGACGAAUCGGGCACCGGCGCAGCAAGCCGAUUUUAUCGGUGCCCUCCAAGUUUUCGAGACUGCUCUUGCGUGCGGUACUGCCGACGGCAUGGUUCGGCUGUGGGAUUUGCGAAGCGGACAGGUUCACCGAAGCUUAGUGGGACACACAGGACCCGUGACAUGCUUGCAGUUCGAUGAUGUUCACCUUGUGACUGGUAGCAUGGACAGGAGCAUUAGAAUCUGGGAUCUCCGUACAGGAUCUAUCUACGACGCCUAUGCGUACGACAACGCCAUCACAAGCAUGAUGUUUGAUGAGCGGAGAAUCGUCAGCGCAGCAGGCGAGGACGUGGUGAAGGUGUACGAUAAGGUGGAAGGCCGCCAAUGGGACUGCGGCGCGGGCAUCUCUGAUGCUGAGGAGGGCAAGACACCUGCUGUGGUGGAGCGUGUACGUGUCAAGGACGGCUACCUGGUGGAGGGACGACAGGACGGUAUUGUAGGAGUAUGGACAUGUUAGAGUAUACAGAACCCCCUUUCAACAGAGCGAAUACAACGCGAUUAUGACACAGGC